GAUGAUGUUCUGAUGGAUGACAGUGAAGGUACCGUCCCUGCUGUGAAAGGACGGAGGCAAGAUGCGACGAAUGACAUCCUUCGCGAGGGCUUCGUAAAUAUGGAACGCCUCGUGCAUGAGCUCAGUCAUCAAACUUCCAUUCCCACUCAUCAAGUCAUCUCAUUGUGGAACAAGAGCCACGCUCGCGGCAUCAACAACGUCAACCACUGGAAUGCAUAUAGCGGCUAUUUCAAAGAUAAUAUCAAGCAGGAGCUUGACAGACUCGGUGACAAGGCUCCU